GCGCAGCCGCAGUGCAACAGCAGAGCAGAGACAGGGCGGAGACAGCGACAGCGCAGCCGCAGUGGUGUGACUGAAGAUUUGAGAAGGGGGCAGGUUGCUGGGAACUGUAACAUGUCUGGGCCCGGUUUGGUGGCUGGCGAAGUAGCCGUUGACGCUCUACCCUAUUUCGACCAGGGUUAUGAGGCGCCGGGCGUGCGGGAGGCGGCCGCGGCGCUGGUGGAAGAGGAGACGCGGCGCUACCGACCCACCAAGAACUACCUGAGUUACUUGACUGCGCCAGACUACAGCACCUUCGAGACUGAAAUAAUGCGGAAUGAGUUUGAACGCCUUGCAGCCAGACAACCCAUAGAACUGCUGAGCAUGAAAAGAUACGAGCUGCCUGCGCCAUCCUCUGGGCAGAAGAAUGACAUAACAGCAUGGCAAGAAUGUGUUAAUAACUCAAUGGCUCAGCUGGAGCACCAGGCAGUUCGAAUUGAGAAUUUGGAGUUGAUGUCUCAGUAUGGCUGCAAUGCCUGGAAAGUGUAUAAUGAGCAUUUAGUUCAUAUGAUUGAACAGGCACAAAAGGAGCUGCAGAGUUUGAGGAAACACAUUCAAGACCUUAACUGGCAGCGAAAGAACAUGCAGCUCACAGCUGGUGCUAAACUUCGGGAGAUGGAAUCUACGUGGGUGUCCUUGGUCAGUAAAAACUAUGAGAUUGAACGAACUAUUGUGCAACUAGAAAAUGAAAUUUCUCAAAUCAAGCAGCAACAUGGAGAGGCAAACAAAGAAAACAUCCAACAGGACUUCUGAGAUAUGCCUUGGCCUUUUGCAGACAAACAUACAAAACUGAAGUCUAUGCAUGGCAGUAAAUUCUAAUUUCUCUCUGUGUGGAAGCUUUAGAGUAAGAAACUGUUAACGGUUCCUCAAAGGAUUUACUCAGUUUCUGACAUGAAUGUUAGUGGGUGGGUGGGGAGCUAUGCUUGUUUUGUGAAGAGUGGUAUGUUUGAGGUUUUUUAAAUAACUGAAAAUAAAUGAUUUUCAACUUUA